AUGACUGGAUUCUCAGAAACAAAAGUCAGAACAAUCAAAAGCCGCAAAGUAUUUAAUCCACGUCUGCAGACUAUAGCUGUAAUUGUGAAUGUUUUAAGCAGAGAAAAAUCUAACAGAACCGGUUUAUUUGAAAAUACUUAUUUGGUUUUUCCCUUUUGUUCUGAAAAAGACAACCCGGCAGAAUUGGAAUUGUGCACGUCUAAAGUGUUGGAUUUGGGGGAAUGGAUUUGUAUAGACAAUGAUGAUAUGAUAACAGGAAAAAUUAAUUCGCAGACAUUCCGUCGACAUGAAGAAUGGUUUUUGACUAUGCCCUAUUUGGGAAAAGUGGCGAUGGAAUGUGACAUUAUUAUUCAUAAAGAUUUUUGGGUGGAUAAAAAUGCGAGGAUUCAUACAAAGCUUUACAAACCUUUUGUUGUUAACAAGAAAAAUUAUUUUAUUCAGGUUAUUUAA